UUGAAAAUCUACAGUUUGCACAAAUUUUAUUUUUACAUUCAAUAUUAAAAUUGAAAAUAAUCAUAUCACAUCACAAAACAAAAUAAUUCGGAGAUAAUCAUAAUUGAAGACAUUAUUAGUACCUGUUGAAUAGCUUUUCUAGGCAAUAUUGCAAAUGCAUUUCCAUCUAAACCAUGGACUCAACCACCUCAAAUAAAGAAACCCCGGAACAACUGUGGCUAUACCAUAGCAGUAGCAGUAGCACCCCAACAUUUGACCAUUGCAAAACCAAUACCACCAUGAAUAAAGUUGAAGAACUCGAGAAACAAGAAAACAAAUUUGGAGAAUUGACAAACUCAUUGGAGAAGGAAUUACAAGUUUUGGUUGAUGACUCACAAAUGAGAGUAAAUUUCAUUGAUCAAAUUAACGUGAAUAAAGGUGGCGUAGAUAUUGAGGAUGAAUCAAUGAAGAUGCCCGAGAGAAAUGGGGAACCUAAAAAUCCGGCAGAAGAUGAAGUCGGUGACAAUAAUACUAAAUGGUUCAUAAAAGGAAACAACACUAUUAUUAACGAAACCAAAGAAGUUGAGGAACCUCAAAAACAGCAAGAAGACAAAAUUGAAAACGACGCAAACUCAUUGGAGGAAGAUUUCCAAGUUUUUGAUAACAAAGUAGCUGUUGCUAAUCAAAUUAAUGAGAAAAUAGGAAGAACUUUUCCAGAGAUUCUGGACGAACCAACGCACGAGGAACCUGAUUCAGAAGUAAAUGAAAAUAGCGAAACAAAUACUGAAUGGUACCUACAAAGAAUCGACAACAUUAUGAACGAAGCCAAAGAAUUGGAAGCGCCUCAAAAACAGGAAAACGUAACUGAAACUUUCGAAAUCCUAUUAAAUGAGGCUUUAUCUUUUGCAAAAGACACGAACUUAUUUGAGGAGGAUUUGCAAGUUUUUGAUGGAAACAUGGAUCAAAUUGAUAUGAAAAGAGCUCGGGGAUGUGGCACAGAUAUUCAGCAUGAACCAGCAAGGAAGGCUAAGGAAAAUGAGGAACCUAAUGAAGUAAAUAAAGUCGGUGGAAAACAUUUGGAAUGGUUCAUCGAAGGAAACAACAACAUCAUAAACGAAGCCGAAGAAGAACAAGAAGACAAAAUUGAGAACGACGCAAACCCAUUGCAGGAGAAUUUCCAAGUUUUUGAUGACAAAAUAGCUUUUGCUGAUCAAAUUGAUGGAAAAAGUGGAGGAGCUAGUGCAGAGAUUCUGGAAGAACAAACGCAGACAGCUAGGAGAAAUGAAGAACCUGAUAAAAGUCCAGAAGUGAAUAAAAAUACUGAAUGGAACCGAAUCAACACCAUUAUGAACGAAGCCAAUAAACUUGAAGCUCGUCAAAAAAAAGAAGACAAAAUUGAAACUUUCGAAAACCUAUUGAAUAAGGCUCUAUCUUUUGAAAAAGUCACCAACUUAUUCAAGGAAGAUGUGCAAGUUUCUGAUGAAGACUCGGAUGAAGUGAUUUUUGUUGAUCAAAUUGACGUCAAAAGUGAUCAGGGGGCUGGCUCAGAGAUUUGCGAUGCCCCAACGGAGAGGGUUGCGACAAAUGAGGAACCUGAUGAAAAUCCAGAAGUGAAUAGAGUUUGUGAAAAAAACACUCAAUGGUUCAUGGAAGGAAACAACAAUAUCAUAAACGAAGUCAAAAAACCUCAAAAACAACAGGAAGUCAAAAUUGAGAAAGACAAAAACUCAUUGAAGGAGGAUUCGAAAGUUUUGGAUGAAGACUUGGACGAAGUCAUUUUUGUUGAUCAAUUUUACUUGAGUGAUGGGGUUCAUUUUGGAGCAGGCGCAAAGAUUCAAGAUGAACCAACAGAGAGGGCUGACAAAAAUACUGAAUGGUUUAUACCGCAAGUUUUAGACAGAGUGAUGUUUGUUGAUCAAUCUUGUGAUUGGAGUCAUUGGGUAGCUAGCGCAGAGAUUCGAGAUGAACCAACAGAUAGGGCUGAGAGAAAUCAAGAAACUGAUAAAAGCUCAGAAGUAAAUAAGAAUGGUGACAAAAGUACUACAUGGAACAUAGACGGAACCAACACAUUUAUGAACGAAGCCACAGAACUCGAGGAACCUCAAAAACAAAAAGACAAAAUUGGUAAUGUUGAAAACCCAUUGGGUGAGACUUUGCCUCUUGAAAACAUUGCGAACUCAUUGCAAGUAGAUUUGCAAGUUUUGGAUGAAGACUCGGAUGAAGUGAUUUUUGUUGACUUAAAAAGAGGUCGGGAAGCUGACAUAGAUAUUCAGCAUGAGCCAGCAAAGAGGGCUAAGAGAAAUAAGAAACCUGAUGAAAAAAGUACUGCAAGGUUCAUAAAAGAAACUAACGACAUCAUAAACGAAACCAAAGAACUCAAUAAGGAAAAACAACAAGAUGUCAAAAUUGUAUUUGAAAUAAGUGCAAACUCAUUGGAAAAAGAUUUGCAACUUUUGCAUGAAGACUCGGACGAAGUGAUUUUUGUUGAUCAAAUUGACGUGAAAAAUGAUUUGGGAGCUUGUGCAGAGAUUCGAGAUGAACCAAAAGAGACGACUGAGAAAAAAGAGGGAUUUGAAAGUCUAGAAGCGAAUGGAGUUGCUGACAAAAAUAUUAAACGGUACAUAAAAAGAACCAACACGACCAAGAAUUUGAAGGAAAAGGCACUCAAGCAACCUCCUAAACAACAAAAAGUUGAAACUGAGACGUUUGCAGGCUUAUUGGAUAAGAGUUUGCAAGGUUUGGAUGAAGACUUGGACGAAGUGAUGUUUGUUGAUCCAGCAGAAAAUGAAGCUGGACAAAAAAAUACUAAAUGGAAGCCUGUGAUGACAUACCCAAAAAACAGACAGUUACCCAUACCAAAAAAAAUAGAAAAAGACUUUAGCUUGCUCGCAGAUCUCCAAAUGGCUUUCAACCUACCGCUUUAUCAAAAUUAUCAUUUAUGGAAUUAUCCCAAUAAGCUAUUCACUGAAAUACUGUUGCCUUAUGACUGUCCAGAAUAUCAAAUGAUAAGUAAUCUUUUCACAGUCAGAGUCUAUGGGUAUGAGAUUACUCAAAUUUUUAAAAUCGAAAAUCCCUUCAUUUCAUUGCACUACCAUAUUGCCAAAAGCAAAUUUUUGACCCAAAAUGAUGAGGAUGAGCUCGAAGAAAAAUUCUAUUUCCAUGGCACUUGGCAGGAAAACUUGCCCAACAUUUGUCGAUUUAAUUUCGACAGAUCGAAGAUCAUACAUCACAAAUUUGGAAAAGGAAUCUCAUUCGCCUACAAUUCUAAAUAUGCUACUGAAUAUCCAAAAGGUUGCCAACGAUUUAAUAAAAUGAUGGUCGUAGCCAAAACUUUUUAUAAGCACCCAAUUGAAAUUGGAUAUAAAAAUACAAUAGUACCAGAGGGGCCUUCAGAUACUACAAGAAAUCAAGCUCACACUGUUUUGGUGAAAUAUGAUGACGCUUCAUAUUAUCCUGCUUACGUUAUUAACUAUCAUAGAAUCUACUAAGAAAAAGAUGGCAAUAAUAUUACAUGAAUAAAUGACUGUAUUUUUAUUUAUUGAUGAUGGUAAUUUUUUGCAUCUUUUUUCACAUAUAGGUGAAGAGGAGACAUGCCUCUAAGAAUAAGUAGGUAGUGUUUUUCCACAUUGUGGAAUAAAGAAUAAGCAAUAAAACAAAAAUAGAAACACAAAAUACAAAGUAAGUACCUAAUCAAUAUUUCUAGAAAUCACACAUUGUGUAUAACAGGAAGUUCCUUAUUGAUAUUUUUUUGAAAUAACCCGAACCUGCAGCAGUCAGUCCCAUGAGUAUAUUCAAUAGUAUAUUAAAUGAUUUAUCUGGUCUGACUCAUCAAAAUAGGAUAAAAUUUUGCUUACUUAUUGAUUCGCAGAAGUAACAUGACGGGUUUGAUGAGGGCUUUUACCGCUUUUAU